AUGUUGCGGAAAGUUGACCUGAGGGUGCUGCCAGUCCUCAUCGUCAUCUACCUGCUCCAGUACCUCGACAAGAACGGCAUCAAUUACUUCUAUGCACCGGAUACUGUAUUGGCAACAUCCGAGGCGCCAUAUUACCACUCGGCGUACAUCGCUAUGCUAGUGGGGUACAGCGUGAAGCUGCUGAUGGCGGCGGUGCUGUACGUGUACAUGUUUACAGCCAGCAACAAGAGAGAUGGAGAGGCAGCGGCGGCUGGUGUGGUGGAUGACGAGGAGGAGAAGGCGGCGAUUGAAAUGGAGAGGAGAGAUUCGACGGAGAUGGAGAAUGAAGGGUUAAGGUAUUCGCUAUAA